AUGGGGUCGCACACGCUCACGGCGCCCGUGCGCGUCUUCUCGUGGUGCGCGCGCGUGUUGGAGCUCGUCUUCCUGGCCCUCCUCAUCACCUUCGUGGCGCACCUCUCCAAGGACAAGACCGCCCCCUCGCUCGCCGCGGCCGGGGGGCUGGCGGCGUGCUUCAGCUGUGACAACGGGUGGAACUGGCACGUGCUGCUCAUGGGCAUCGCUUUCGGGAUCGCCAUGACCGAAUCUAUUCUCGCCUUCUGCUCCUCCUCCCUCAGGGCAACCGGGUAUGCCAAGUGGGUGCACCUGGCGUGGCAGGCGAUCGCACUCAUCCAGACAGCAGUGGCGAUGGCGGCUAUUAUUGCCUCGAAAGGGACGAAGCACAAGCACAUGUACUCCGUGCACUCCUACUGCGGUGUGCUCACUCUCGCACUCUUUGCCGUCCAGUUCGUGUGGGGCCUGUGUGCGUUCGUGCUGUUCAAGAGCCGCCUGUCAGAAGCCACGCGGUACCAGAUGGGAACGUACCACAUCCUGCUCGGCAAGUUCACCUACUAUGCUGGCAUCGGCACGUGUGUGGUGAGUGUGACAACCGGCCACUGA